CGGACCUUCGGCUGCUCCUUCGGUACCGGGCCUGGCCGAGACGGCAGCGCUCUGCCCGCGGCCCCGCCCCGCUGCAGCCCCGGGCGGCGGCCCCGGUGCGGCCAAGGCCGAGCCCUUGGGUGGGCGCGGGGCCGGGAGCCGGGCGGGACGGGGCGUGAGGCCUCCCCCGCCCCAGGGACCCCCUGCCCUGGGCCCGGGGCCCUCGCCGAGCUCGGCACGAGACCCUCUGUACACACUGAAGUGAGAAGGACCCUCCAAAGUCAAAUGUCCAUGCUCAACUCGGUGAUAGACUGGUGAAGGCACCAAUAUUCUGAAGCAUGGCUACUGGUAUGAUUCAUUUUCCAGCCUGCAGUUUGUGUCUCAAGGAUGAAGAUCCAGUGAUUGCAUAUAUUGGGCAAAGACGGAGGGCUCGGCAGCGCCUGGAGGCUCUUCAGCAGCUUGCUGUAGGUCAGUCUUCUCUUCAGAUACCUCAGGUUGUGUAUGAAGAUCCUGAAAUUAAUGGAAGGAAUCGCUACAAAUAUUUUGCACGACCUCUCAGGCCUUCUAAGCUGCCUCCAGCAGGUGUUCCAGAAGCUGUUGCUGAUACAAAGACAGAGACAGAGUCACGUGUCCUGUCAGCUGCAGGAGACAGCCAGGUCCUUGGCCUCAUGUUCCGAACUCUGGGGACACAGACCGAUUACAGGGAUGGUGAAGCACAGACAGAUUCCUAUUCUCCUGAAUACAUAGUCCGCAGUGGCUCAGUCCCUGAAAUUCUGACACUUGCUACCCUCACUUGGGGUCGGGGGCUGCCAGCAGGACAAGCUGAAAUGGAGAUUAUUGACCGCAUCCGGGAAAAACGCGCUUGGGAAGCAGCUCUGCCACCCAUGGACAGUCCCUCAAACAUUGCAAAGAGGUUGAAGAUGAUGGAAGCUAUGGAAAGGAAGGAGUGGGCCUAUAGGGAAGAGGAAAUAGAUAAGUUGCAGAAGGUUCAAAUGGAAGUCUUUAAGAAGCUGCUGGAGAGGCGAGAGGAGAAUCAGAAUGAGCUGAAUGCCAUGCGCUUGAACAACCACUGGCAAAAUCAUCAGAAGGCUAAAGAAGAGAAAAUAGGAAAGAUUCAGCAUGACUGUGCAUUGAUGCUCAGGAAACUGAUAGCUAAGAGGAAGAAUUGGAUGGGAAAGCUGGAGAGACGAGAUAUCAUCAGGGAGUACAAUGACUUUGCAUCACAAACAUACGCUCCUUUGUCUCGAAUUGGUUUUUUCCCAGACAACAAUUCUGACUACUAUGCGGUAAAAAACUACUAUCUUAACACUUUUGCAGGAUUGUGUGAACUGGAAAAAUCUGUCCCGUCUUCUGUCUUCCCGCUCAAGAUUAAAGCUCCAAAACCCAAAUGCAUUAUCACUAAGACUGGCUAUAUUAAAAGGUCAGGAAGACUACAGGUAGUCCUGGCACAAGUUCACCAGGCACUACUGGAGAAGAAGAAUAAAGCCAAGGAGCCAAAGAAGCCUCCUCCUGUCUGUGAAAAAGUAGAAAGCCCUGUUCCUAAGCCACCCACUCUAAUCCUGGAAAAACCAUCAAUUGAGGAAGAGGAAAUAGACCUAGCAGUGAUUUGUUUGCAGAAGCUGCUCCGAGGCAGGGCUCUUCAGAACAUGAUAUUUGAAGGGAAGGAGAGGCACCUGGAUCUGAUCCAAGAGCUGCGCACCACUCACGCGCUGCAGGAGGACGGACAGCUGCUCUUGAAGGCACAGAAGCAAAUGACACUGUCUUUACAGCGACAGCGUGACUCACAAAUGAAGCAGCUGUCAGCACUGGAAAGAGACUUGGCCACGGUAGAAGGAAGGGCACUGGCGAACAUGCUUGAUUUUCUGUCCAAAGAGCUGGUGAGGCUGCAAGAAGAGCAGAAGAUCCAUGCUUUGCUCAUGCUGGCUGAGAGGCAGAGGCGGAUGCGGGAGGCAGAGGAGAGCGGACGGCGGCAGCUGGAGGAGAGCCGGCGGCAGGAGGAAGAUGAGCUUUUCAGACAGGUGGUGGAUGUUCAGGACAGAACUAUUGACACCUACUUGGAAGAUGUUAUCCUGAGCAGCAUGGAGAGGGCAGCUGAAGAGCAAGCCAGGGAAGAGAUUCAGAAAAGGGCUGUAGAAAUCAAUGACAUUGCUUACGAAAUGGAGAGUCGUCGAACUCGCCUACAGUCAGAAGAGAUUGUAGCAGAGCUGGUUUAUAAUUUCCUGAUCCCAGAAGCUGAGAAAAACUUUAUGAGAGAAAGAGUGAGGCAGUCCCAAAGAAAACACAUCUACGCUGCUCAUCGGAUUAUCCACGGGGGCACAGAGAGGGCUCUGGCUGAUCUGGCACAGCAUCAGGAGACAUCUGGCACCAAGAGAGAGGAAGAUUCUCCUGCUGGGACCCCCAGCACAGCUCUGAGUGAGACAGCUGCUGAACCAAGUGCAGCUGACAGCACUCACCCUGCCACAGUUGCACGUGAAGUUGGACAAGGCUUCCACAAGGAUCCCACAGCGUCCUAGGACAGAAGAUGAGUGAGGGCACCCUGAAUGGAAAACCCUCUCUCUCCCUUGGGCUGUCCCUUCUGCUGCCUGCCAGCAGUGUUGUCCUGGAAUCAAUCUGUGUACAUUUUGGUGUGGCAGCUACCUCCACUCCCUCCCCAACUUGCUUUGGACUUCAUUAGCUAAUUUUUCUGUUCUGAUUAUUUAGAGAAGCUUGAAUGAGAAAGCAGUGUUAGCAUUCCUUGUUUGUUUUCCUGGCACAGACAAAUAAAAAUCUGCACCUGG